AUGAUGAUGUCCAACAGCGCAGGUGAUUGGUGUCAGUUACUUAUCAAUAAAGUUGUAUUCAUAACUGGUGGUGCUGGGCAUAUUGCAAAAACUAUAGCGAAGACAUGUUAUACUCAUGGAGCUUGUCUUGUUUUAGGUGAUUUAGAUCCAGAAAAAACAAAUAAAGUAAAAGAUGAAAUUGUUAAUAACGAAAAUAAGACAGAUGACCGAAUAUUUGUUGUAAAACUCGAUGUUACUGAUGAAACAAGUAUUCAACAAGCUGUUCAAGCAACAUUAAAUAAAUGGAACACAAUUCAUGUUCUUCUUAAUACUGCAGCAAUUGCAACUGUAGGUAAUAUUGAACAAGUAUCAGCUGAAAGUUGGUCUCAAGUUUUUGAUGUUAAUGUACGUGGUUAUGCAUUAAUGGCAAAAUAUAUUGCACCUAUAUUAAAAAAACAACAUAGCGGAUCCAUUGUAAAUAUAUCCAGUACUUUAGGUUUAAUUGCUAUUCCUAAUGCUGUUCCAUAUUCAGCAACAAAAGGUGCUAUUAUUCAAUUAACUCGAAAUCUAGCUCUUGAUUUAGGUUCAUUUAAUAUUCGUGUCAAUACUAUUAGUCCGGGCUCUAUUGAUUCACCUGGACGUGAUGAAUUUGCUCAAAUGAACAAUGUAACAAAAGAACAAAUGAAUGAUUUGUGUAUUCAAGGAAGUUGCUUGAAGCGUAUUGGUCAAGCACAAGAUAUUGCUAAUUUGAUUGUUUUUAUAAUAUCUGAUCUAUGUCAAUUUAUGACGGGUGCUAAUUUAGUUGUUGAUGGUGGUAAUUUUAUUAUAUAA